UUCUAGAAGUUACAGGAGGUUUACAAAAGCCGUCCUAGCGGGUACUUCUUUCGUCCGGGAGAAACUAAAUUAAGUCGGGAAGCAGCGAUACACUGGUGAAAACGCUUAUCGCACCGAUUAAAGAGUUUCUGUGAAGAAAGCAUCAACCUUCGAAAUUCGAAAUGGUUGACUACAGCCGGUGGAAGAACAUCGAGAUUUCGGAUGAUGAAGAUGACACGCAUCCGAACAUCGACACGCCGUCGCUGUUCCGCUGGCGGCAUCAGGCCCGGGUCGAGCGCAUGGAGGAGCAGGAGAAGAAGAAGGAGUCGCUAGAGAGCAAGAAGAAAACCACCGAGAAGAAGCUGGAGGAGGUCAAGGCGAAGCUACAGCACAACGAGGGCAACAUGGAUGAACUGAAAAAGUGCAUCGACGAACUGGAACGGGAACAGCAGCGUGUCCGGCAGGAGGAAGAGGAGCUGCGGAAGAAGGAAAAGAUGCAACCGUGGAACGUGGACACGAUCAGCAAGCCCGGCUUUCAGAAGACGGUCAUCAACAAGAGUGCGAUCAACCGGAAGGUUGAGGAGCUGAGCGACGAAGAUAAGGAGCGGAAUUUGCGCGAUUUCGUCAAAAAGUACGAGAAACAGGUCAAGCAGUACGGUAUGCUGCGGAAGUAUGACGAUUCAAAGAAGUUCCUCCAGGACAACCAGCAUCUGGUGUGCGAGGACACGGCAAACUAUCUGGUCAUCUGGUGCAUCGAGCUGAGCAUGCAGGAGAAAAACGAUCUGAUGGCGCACGUCGCCCACCAGUGUAUCUGCAUUCAGUACGUGCUGGACAUCGCGAAGCAGCUCGACAUCGAUCCGCGGGCCUGCGUGCCUUCGUUCUUCCAGCGCAUACAGGAGCCCGAAGCCGAGUACAAGAAGCAGUUCCAGCUUGAGAUCGAAGCCUUCAAGGAGCGCAUUCGGAAGCGGGCACAGGAAAAGCUCGCCCUGCUGGUGGAAGAGCAGGAGGAGGAAGAGCGCAAAGCGAGGCUCGGUCCGGGUGGGCUGGAUCCGGCGGAGGUGUUCGAGUCACUGCCCGAGGAGCUACAGAAGUGUUUCGAAACGAGAGACGUCACCAUGCUGCAGGAAGCGAUGGCCAAGCUGCCCGUGGACGAAGCCCGCCAGCAUUUGCAACGAUGCAUCGACUCGGGCCUGUGGGUUCCGAAUGCUGGUGGAAGCGGUAGCGAAACCGAUGUCAAGAGCGAAGCCACCGAGGAGGACCCACUGUACGUGCCGGUGAAACAGAAAGAAAAGGACGAGGAGAGCAAAUCGAAAGAGUGAACCGACCACAAAUGGGCCGAUCCUUGGACUGCUUUGCAGGACCGUCAAGUAUUCUCAUUGGUUUUCUGCUGCGAAAUUCUGCACCAACAGUCUCUCCAGUUCACCACGUAGCACCGAGUAGAAACUGAAACGAGUGGCACAUCACUCGUCAGCUAUUCCUUUGCAACAAUUUCUUUGUUUCAGGUCCCAAUAAGGGCGGAUAAUUAUUAGACCCCCCGGCUGUUUCCGCCUAGAGGAUCAAGUGAAAUUUGUGGCACGAGCCCUUUUUUAAUGUAAUUAGUUCUUGGCAAUUUGCCUCCAGCGUUUCGUUUUUGUAUCAUGUAACAAAUUAAGUGAUGAAGAAGAAAAUGUCGCAGUGCUAUUGCUACUGCCUCUCCGAAUUCAUGUCUAAUGGUCGGAUAAAUAAACUUACGUUUCUAUCCAGAUGAAAACGAUCGUUUGUUUGAUGCUGUACUACAAGAUGCUGCAACUACAAUAAACGAUCGGUCGGUUCAAAUAGUGAAUUAGAGCGGUUCAAAAAAAACCUGUCAUUGCUUCAUGUUUCAAUUUUGAGUCCGUUCCGAGCACGAUAUCCUUUCCGACUCAAAGACGUUACACGAAGGGUAUCAACCGAAUAACCGUACAGGGCUUGCGUUAAUGCGCAAGCGAACCGAAUAUGAAGAUGUUUG